AUGUCUCAGCCAGGAUGGCAAAUUGACAUACCGGGGCUGUCGCAGCUCAUCCUCAACGCUGGUGCAUAUGGACUAAAACAGCUGGCUCUAGCUGGAGUCGAUACUCACACGAUCGGUUGCAUGCUAAUGAUUGCCGAAUAUACCCCUGCUUCCCCUGAGUUCCGCACCAAACUGAAUAAAACUCGUGAGGAGCAGAGGUCGGAGCAGCUAUGGCUUUAUAAAAUGAUUGAGAUCGGCGCCUCGGUCAAUUUUUUGGCAGACCAAAUGCUCAAGACUCGAGCGGGGGAGAAUGUUGUUGCUUUAAUGUCCGCCAUCGCUCCUGUGAUGAAUGAAGAGAGCUGUAUCGCGGUGCUCUCAUCUCUGUUCGAGGCUGCGAAAGUGUCGCUUGAUAACACCCCGGGCCUGACACAGCUCCAAAAUAUACGACGCAACCUUUUACCAUUGGCUAGUAAAACUGGCAUGGCGGAGAAGGUUUUGCACUAUCACUAUUUUUUCUCUUCGCUACAGAAAAAGUCGAAGCCUUCGGUAGAUCCAAUUAUGCCCUACGAAGCCCCGGCUGUUCCUUACGAAGCCAUCCCGGCAGUAAAAGACAUUGCACGAAUUGUGCAGUUGGUGCACAAGCUCAUUGCUUCGGGCGAAAGACAGGUCAUCAUCUUCAAGGGAAUGAGAGGUGCGGCGUGGAUUGCGGCAUAUACUUCGUACGUCCUUGGCCUAUCAACAUGUGCCUUGGAUGUGGACGAAGGACAGGUGCCUAUAACAAGCAGUUAUGACGCCGCGCAAAUCAUCUUUGACGUCUCCUCCGAUGAAAAUAGUGGCGAAUUAUAUCUGGAAGGUGGUAUCGAAGAUUUGAUCUCGUUUGAUCACCGCGCUAUCGAUAAAUGCUCGGGAUGGUUCGUCGAUUGUUCUGUGGUUGAAUUUUUUAACACCCAUCAUCCGGAUUUCAAAACCGCACGGCAUGCAUUGUUCGCCCGAAUAUCUACCUUUGCUGCAAUCGAUCUGUUCAACCGUAUUGCAGACUUGAUCACUUCUUUUGAACUUUCAGAAACAGACGCAGCUCGAUACAAAUCAGGAUUUGGUCGAAAUGUGGGACUCGAGCCAUAUACCAUGUCCGUUCUUGUGCAUAUUCAGGCUCGUGGGUUGCAAAUCCUGAAAAUUCUGGGGUUCAGACCCCCGAAAGACGGAUAUCGCUUUCAAGUUUCCAAGUUCUCCGAUCAUCUCUAUUGUGAGGGCCACCUCGAAGACCCAGAUCCGAUCGAUGAAGAAUUUGUGAAUGAGAAGAGUGAAGAUGGCUCUGACAGCGACAGCAGAGAAUCCGAUGCAGGAGACUCCGACCAGGAGAAUAAUUUUUUUUCAAACGGCUUCAGAUCUUUCGCUCGUCGAUUCCGGAAAAAGAGAGAACGGAAGAGAGCAACUUUUAAAAGUCGACGAGGCCAAUAUGUUGCGUUGGGGGGAAUUCAGCUCGACGGAAAGAGAGACGGGAAGAGAGCGGCAGAUGAUGUAGAAGUGGAACGUUUGCGUCUAUACCUUGAUGAUCCAAACAGCAUGGAGCUUCAGCAAGACUUACGAGAAGCCACAUCAGAUCUAUCUGAGCUAUCGCAGACGGUCGAAACGGCAGUGAAAUUUGCAUCUAAGAUGGCUUUCACAGAUUGGGAUCAAAGCCUACACACCAUGUCUGCCCGAACAUUCUCAUACAAAGACAUCCCCAAGAAAUCUCCCAAAUCAACCAAGUUUGAGGGUCACAUCGCCGAAGCAAUCUGGUUAUGCUCUGACGGAAUGUCGAUAGACAAUAUUGAGCAGCGCAUGUGGACUGACGACUGGGUUGCACUGGAUAUUGAAGGGGUCAUUUUGAUUCGCAAUGCUGCACUACCAGCCAGUCACACGAAUCUCAAGGGAGCCUUUUGGGCUUUCGCCGUGGGGCAAUCACAUACCAAAGCCAGCAAUUCGCCAAAAUCAGGACCGACCAGAUUAAUGCACUGGGUCAUAAUCUUGUGCUUCAACAUAAAGACAAACUUCAUCGGUCGGAGAUGA